CGGAGCGAGUCCCGCAUUGCAUUGGGGAGGCAGCAACUUGAAAAGAGUGGGUGAGGAGCUGGACCGGGGUUGGCGCUUACCCAUACUAAUAGGGUACUCUGCUAGAAGUAAGAAGGUUGCUGCCAAAGGGAGCCACGAUGGCUGCCAAGCAGCAGAUACUGGAUCAUGUCCACGCUCUUGACCACAUUACGGACGAGCACGCCCGCGCCAGGCGGCAGCGGCGUCUCAAGUUUGCGAAGAUACAGAUUGGUGGCUUCACAUUGGACUUUGGGGCGCCCCUUUUCAGAGACCAAAGUAUCGACGCCCCCAUAUCGCAAACUGAGAUUGUCGAGGUCCCAGAAGAAGCCCCCCUGGCAGCCACCAUCGUGCGCCAGGAGAAUGUGAAGGGGCGCCAAACAAAGAAGAAGCUGGGCGUGCGGAAGGCAGUCGGCAUUGGGCUCUGGUCAGCUGCUGCAGUGUCGCUCUUUCAGCACAGUGCAUUACGCGCAGCGGAGUGCCUGACGGGCAAUGGGGAUGCGGUUCUGGCGUCAGACGCAGUGAUACUUGCCCUGGCCUUUGAGACGUGCCCGUUUCAGAAUGUUCGUAACCUGGGGGGCAGCAGAAACACAGCCAUCGGAGCGUUGCUGGCUGCUGCUGCCAUUGGGGCGGUGUCGGCCCAUGCGAGGAAGAAGCGGCUGAAGAAGGUCGCCAACCAGUCGGUGCGGCAGGGCCAGGACCCCAUCUGGCGCAGCGCCCUGUGCCCUGAUGGACAGCUGGUGGCAACAGCGGUGCCUAGCGUGGACACGUUGUAUGACAACUUCUUCAACUACGCCGCGCGCAAGCACGCACAGGAGCCGUGCCUGGGUCGCCGGACAGCGGACGGCUACUCGUGGACCUCGUACAAAGACGUUGCCGAGGAGGCGUCCGCCUUCGGACGGGGCUUACGCGCGCUGGGGUUGCAACCAAAGUCGAAACUGGGCAUCUACUCGGUGAACAAGGUGGAGUGGAUCGUGGCGGAGCUGGGCGCGUAUGCCCACUCCAUCAUCGUUGUGGCCCUCUACUCGACGCUGGGCGAGGACGCAGUGGCCUAUGUGGUGGACCACUCCGAGAUGACAAUCGCGCUCGCCAGCAUGCAGGCUCUGGCGUCCCUGUUGGGGGUGCUGCCUAGGGUGGAGAAGCUGCACACCAUCAUCUACCUCGACACCGAGCCGGGCGACACGCCCACCGACGCGCAGCGCAAAACCGCCAAGGACGCAGGUGUGGAGCUUGUGGCCUACUCGGCGGUGCUGGACAAGGGCCGCGCCUCGUCGCUGCCGGACGUGCCCCCCGCUGCCAAAGACACCGCCACCAUUAUGUACACGUCAGGAACCACUGGCAAUCCGAAGGGCGUCAUUCUGAGCCAUGCGGCGGUCAAUGCCAACGCUGCCUCGGCCGAGCUCGUGCAAGUGCAACAAGGGUUCCCCAUCAAGGCGGGCGAUCGGUACCUGUGCUACCUGCCACUCGCCCACAUCUUCGAAAGGGUCAUGGUGACGGUGAUGCUGCGCUACGGCGCGGCGGUGGGCGUGUUUGGCGGCAAGGUGGACGCGCUCCUGGACGACAUGGCCGCGCUCAAGCCGACCAUCCUCGCGGGGGUGCCACGUGUCUUCAACCGGGUGCACGACAAGGUGCUGUCCAAGCUGGCGAGUGGCGGCAAGGUGAAGAAGGCGCUCUUCCAGGCCGCCAUGGCCGAGACCAGCCGCGUGCGCGCCGCAGGGGGGGACCCCGCGACGGUGCCGCUCUGGAACAAGCUCGUCUUCUCUAAGAUCAAGGCUGCUCUUGGAGGGGAGUGCCGGCUCAUUGUGUCUGGCGGCGCCCCGCUCAGCAAGAGCACGCAGGAGUUCUUGAGCAACGCCUUUGGAGCUCCGGCCAUCCAGGGGUACGGCUUGACCGAGACUUGUGCUGGGGGCGCUAUCGCCAUUGCGUCCGACCCCAGCGGGGGCCACGUGGGGCCCCCCAGCCCGAGCCUAGAGCUGAAGCUGGAGGACGUCCCGGAGAUGGGCUACACUGCGGGGGGGGACGUGCCGCAAGGGGAGAUCGUGCUGCGCGGGUACAGCAUCAUGGACGGCUACUACAAGGAGGCCACCAUGACUGCCGAGGUGCUCGACGCCGACGGCUGGUUCCACACCGGGGACAUCGGGCAGAUCAACCCCAACGGCACGCUCAACAUCAUCGACCGCAAGAAGAACAUCUUCAAGCUCGCGCAAGGCGAGUAUGUGGCCGCGGAGAAGUUAGAGAUCCAAUACCAGGCCUCGCGCUUCGUCUCUCAAAUCUUCGUCUACGGAGACAGCCUGCAGUCGACGCUGGUGGCGGUGGUGGUCCCCGACGUUGGCGCGCUGCGCGAGUGGGCCAAGACCAGCCAGCCUGCGCUCGCGGACGCGCCCGACGAGAAGCUGGCUGCAUCGGCGGAGGCAGAGAAGGCCGUGCUGGCGGACCUCAAGGUCGUCGCUAAGGGGCCUCCCGCCCUUAAGGGCUUUGAGGUGAUCCGGGCCGUCCACCUUGACCCGGAGCCGUUUUCGGUGGACAACGACCUGCUCACGCCGACUUUCAAGAGUAAGCGGCCGCAGCUCAAGAAAAAGUAUGGCGACAUCAUCGAGAAGCUGUAUGCAGGCAUGGCAAGCCGGUGAAUGGGAACCUGAGGGGCAAACAUGCGCACACCUCGUAGGUAAUAGACGUACCAGCAGCGGCUUGAGGCUGCCGGCCUUACUUUCCGCCUUGAGUUUGGGAAGAUACGAGUUGCGAGUUGUGCAUUUUUUGAAAAUCGUGGAUUCUCCUAUUAGCACUGCGGACGUGCCGAUGUGCUAUGAUAGGGUCGGCUGGCACCAAAGUUGCUUGUCGCCAGGCACCGGCAUCCGUCGCUGGACAGUAGGUCUUCAGUCUUGUAGAGCAAUUGCUCAAGGAAGAGUAAUAAGUUAGGCCUUAGUGUUGACAGCUUCCGUUAGUCGACUCAACGAAUGACUGCAGUUGCAGGAGAAUCGACAUUGAAUUCCAGCGCACCAAUAGCUGAGGGACGGAUGUGGAUCGCCCCUGCAACAACGAGUGUUGGUUUGGACAGAGAACGUAUUUCGAAAUGUCGCUCAUUGAUAAAGUUGCAAGUCAACGGUGCCAUAAAUAUGCAGGCCGCAGUUGCACCUCGACUGCAACCUACACACCCGCCGCCGAGAUCAUC